AUGCUGGGCCCCAUCCUGCGAGAGGUCCUGCAGCAGGCCAGGCUGCGGGGCGAGGCCGAGGAGGGAGGGUUCGAUGGGGCGGGGGCCGGCGAGGGCGUGACCGUCAGCCCCACGGGCACGCCCAGGAUGCUGUGGAGCCCGGAGCAGUGGUGGGAGGCCUUCGCGUUCGUGUUCUUUUGGAAGAGCCCCAGCGACAGAGUGAAGUGCAACAAUGAUGACUUGCUGUUCUUUGUGGUCCACCCUGAGUGCUGCGUGGCCAACUCUCCACCAUACUUUGUUCGCCGAAAGGGGCAGGAGCUACCUCCCGAACUUCAAAAGGAUGGGCCACGGUUUGGCGAGGUUGACUGGUGCGAGACCUUCCUUCUGAACCUGGUCCUUCAGAGCGACUACUUGCUGGCAGUUGCUGUUUGCAGUUACCAGGAUGUGACUUCCGUGGAGUUUGCAGACACCGUGUUCAACGAUGGAGCUGCCCGGGUGACCAAGAAGGUGUACGCGUCGCCCACUCGCUCAACAGUGAAUCUGGAAAGCACAAAGAUGGAGAUGGCCAGCCCAGUGCCCUCCUACCCUGAUAUUUGUUUCGCUGUUGAGAACUUUGAAGAUGCUUUCAAUAGCAUGGUUGUUUCAGAAGCAGGUCAGCAUUACUGUGUAAUGCUCUUUGCUACAGAUGGCCUUGGUCUUUCAGCCCAGAACCUUGCUUCCAGGGAAGAUGAAGAACUGUAUGAAGAGCUGCCUGGUGGGGUCGACACUGGUUUGUCCAAUGAGUUGACAUUUGGGUUGAGCAAUGACUCGGCUUUUGUGUUCAUCCCUAAUCCAAACACGAUGCAGGCUGUUGAUGACAUUCAGAGGACGCCAAGGCAGUGUCUGCAAGGUGAUGAAUCAGCAGAUGCUGAGGGCAGUGGAGAAGUACCCGCUCUUAAGCAAGAGGGCUGCAACAACAUGGAUGGUACUACAGUUAAUGAUGGAAGCACUGCCCAAGGAGAGGAUGGGCUGAGGUUUGGCAAUAAUGCGGAUAGAAAGGAUGAUAGCGAUGGAAAUGAUACCCAAGGAGCAACAGCACAGGCCGGAAAUCGGGACCCUCCUUUCCCCUCUCACAGUCAGGAUGACAAGGUGCAAGAUCUUGUGGAUUGUGAAGACAUGAACGAUCCACCAGAUGGCAGCGGACAGGCUGGUGAGCCCUCCCUUGAGCAGCUGAACAGCAACAAGCAGUCAAGCGAAUGUGUGGAUCCUGACUAUGCAGAAACCAGCACAGAUGAAACCCACGAUGCAACUGUCAAGAGCUGUUUACAGGAGGCCAUGCAGCAAGGCAGUGACCCAGAGGAGCAGCCAUAUGCAGUCAGCCAUGCCGAUGGAGCAGUAGGGAAGUGCCACAGCGGAUCUGAAGGUGGCCAGCAACAUCCAGCGGGCCCUGUUAUUGGGGAGGGAACAGACCCAGGAACAUCUGAUCUCCAUAAGGGGAGUGUAGGCAACGAUGCGUCUUGUUCCAAGGGGGGAGAUGCAAAUGCAGAGUUGGCUUCUGAUGGAGGCAAUAGAGAGGAAGCUGCAAAGGCCCUUGGCCUUCGGCUGUUUGGGGGAUACGUUGGAUAUGAACAGAUCAAGGUGGUCCUUGUGGGGCCCAGCACGGUGCACCCACAAACCGCCACAGUACGAAGGAUCAGGAUGAAGGGACCAGGUGGGCAAGGCUUUGCAGAAGUGGCCGUGACGUUGGGCAUUGAUGACGAGGUGCAAGAACAGGAUGAGACUGAUGCUAUGCACCCUGACCCUGCUGUGAAGCUCUUAAAAGACGGCUUGAAGCUGGGUCCGAAGGCAUUCCUGCAGAGAGGGAUAGGGCUAGCAGCCAACUCGUUGAAAGGAGCCAUCAACAAAUUGCGUGGGGAUGAAGCUCAUAACAACAUUGCCUCUGGUGACGUGGAGUACAGGCUGCAAUGUGCACUGAUGACGCUCAGCCUGCCAGUCAGGACGCUUGCCUUGCAGAUCCUCGAGGCAGCAUGUUCGGCUUGA